AAUUUACAUAUAUAAAGUAAGUAGAACUGUGUCCUUAAAAACCAAGGGUCCUGAAGUUUGUUAUGGUUCUAUUUAUGUUGAUAUAAAUAUAUCGGACUCAAAAGAGAAUGUGUAAUGAAAUGAAACACCAUAGCUUUGCUACUAUAAAUAUAAAUAGGUCAGAGGUAUUUGGACCAUAUCAUUAAAGCCUGCAUUUCCCUCUUUCUACUCACAGCUAUGGCUACGUUUGGCAGUUUGCUGUCGGAGGAGCAGCUCCGGUGCCCUAUCUGUCUGGAUCUGUUCAAUCGGCCUGUAUCCACCCCUUGUGGUCAUAAUUUUUGUGGGGACUGCAUACGAGGAUACUGGCAGAGCACUGACAUGUCACUUUGCCCCAUGUGCAAACACAAGUUCUACAAGAGACCAGAGCUCAAAGUCAAUACCUUCAUUGCUGAGGUGGCUGCUCAGUUCAGGACAUCUAGAGCCCAGAACAUUGAACUCAGCUCAGAUCAAACUUCAUGCAAAGUCUUAUGUGAUGUGUGUGUUGGAAGAAAGGUCCCGGCUCUAAAGUCCUGUCUGGACUGUUUGGCCUCCUUCUGUGAAACCCACUUAGAACCACACCACGUCCUGGGGACCUUUAAGAAGCACACCCUGAUUGCCCCUCGCAUGAACAUGCAGGAGAGAAUGUGUGUGAAGCAUGAGAGGCUGCUGGAGCUGUUCUGCAACACUGACCAAACCUACAUCUGCCCAGUCUGCACCCAAGAAGAGCACACCGACCACCACACUGUCCCCAUUGAAGACCAGGGCAGAAAAAUAAAGGAACAAAUUGGAGAGUUAAACACUGAGGUAGAGAAAAUGAUCGAGGGCCGGAUUCAGAAAAUAGACAUGAUCCAAGAAGCUAUUGAGCUCAGCAGAAACAACUCAGAAGUGGAACUCAAAGAAGGAUUGCAUAUCUUCUCCAAACUCUUUAAGCUGCUCCAGAAAGACCAAGAUGAGGUGAGGGAGGUUAUCAACACAAAGCAAAGGCAAGUGGAAAUCAAUGCCAAAGGAGCUAUGUUAGAGUUAGAGCAAGAAAUAAAUGAUCUACGCCAGAGAAGCAUCCAACUAGAACAUCUGUCAAACAUUGCAGACGAUCUGUACCUUCUCAAGAGUUUUCCUGCUCUCUCCCAACUGCCUGUCACCAAAGACGGGUGUGAAACUGUCAUCGAAAGUGCUGUUUACGUGGGCACUUUGAGGAGAGCUGUCCGGAAAGUGGCAUCCAAGAUUGAUGAGACCGUUAAGGAUGAAGUUAAGAGAUUGUGCAGCACUGAGUUCCAGCGGGUGCGACAAUACGCUGUCAAUGUAACUUUGGACCCUGACACUGCUCAUCCAAAGCUGGUCCUGUCAGAGAAUAUGAAGCAAGUCUAUCACAAUGAUAUUGCUCUUAAUAUGGCUGUGGAGCUUCCCAGACGAGCAUUGUCCCCAGUUCUGAGUGCUGUGGUUUGGACCAUGUUGUCCUGUGGCAUCCUGUUGGCGUGUGGGUUUUUCUUCUUCACAAUGCGCUUUAAAAACAAUAGGAUAGUGAAGAUGUCCAGCCCCAAUCUGAAUGUCCUAACUCUAUUUGGGAGUAUCCUCACAUACAGCAGUGGAUUCUUGUUUGCGGCUGAUGGACAGUAUAGUGGAGUCAUCAUUCAGGUUCGAAUAUGGGCUUUGUGUCUGGGCAGUACUUUGGUGUUUGGUCCCAUAUUGGGGAAGACAUGGAGGCUGUAUAGAGUUUUCACACAGAGGGUUCCAGACAAGAGAGUGAUCAUCAGGGAUAUUCAGCUGAUGGGACUGGUGGUUUUGCUAAUCCUGAUUGACAUACUGAUUCUCAUGAUUUGGAACAUCACAGAUCCAAUCAAAUGUUCCCAUUCUCUGGGUGCUGUUGUUAAGAUUGUGGAAAAAGAGAUUUCCUACUCUCUGUCUCGGGUGCAGUCCUGCUCCUCUGUAUACUCACAUCUGUGGCUCAUCAUUAUAGCUGUUCAAAAGGGUUGUCUCCUACUUUAUGGAACUUAUUUGGCCGGUCUCACAAGUAACGUCAGUCAUCCUCCAGUCAACCAGUCGCCCACCAUCAUAACAGCUGUAACUCUGGUCACCCUGGCCUCCAUGGUGGUCAUCCCUGUGUACUUUUUUCUGCACAGCUGGCCCAACCUGGUCUACAGCGCAGUUGCAGGAGCCAUCUUCAUCUGCACUCUGGCAACUAACUGCAUGCUGUUUGUCCCACAGCUGACCCAGUGGAGGCAGUUUGAGGAGGACCAGAACAAUCCAAAUCAGAUGGCAAAGUAUUUUAGCAGUCCCAGCAAGAGCCAGGCUUCACUGUACAGCCAAGAGGAGAUCUAUUACCUGCUGGGAGAGAAUGACUCCAUGAAGAAGCUGCUUAAUGAGAAAAAUGCAGUGAUUGACAGUCUCCAGGAGCAGGUAAAAAAUGCCAAGGAAAAACUUCUACGCCUCAUGUCUGCCAGCCAGAUACUUGCUCCCAACCUGGAUCAAGACAUGUCAUCAUCCACAACCAACCUCCACUCCUCCUCCACCCAGACCACAGAGCUGUUAUCUGAGGACCCAAGUCUUCUUCAGAGGGACUGUAACUCCAGAAGCUCACCUGAUACUCUGUGCCCUCUUCUCACUUCUUCUGUUUUACCAUCUUCACCAGCACCCACAUUACCAAAGCUGUCAUCUCCAGUACCCGCCUCCUCUCCUAUAUUAAAUGAGACUGAAAUUUCUGAAGACAGUUCUAUUGCUUCUCCAAAGAUUGUGGAAAAAGCACCUCAAGUGUCCUCUGGAUUACUCAGAACUGCAGAAGAGGCAGCUAAAUUUGUCACAUCCCUGCAACAACGCAGAUUGUUGAACCCCUCCCUUGUAGAAGCUUUGAACAAACACAAAGAUUUUACAUCUCCAUCAAACUCUAAAAUGACUGGUUUUGUUAGCAGUGAGCAACUACAGGAGAUACUUCAGGAACUGAGUGUGGAUACAGUUCUGGAAACUACACUUAGAUCUCCUGGGCAAAUCUUCCCAGCUCAAACCAAAUGUUCUGAUACACUCUCCCCUCUUUCUGUGUGGAGCCAGCGUUCUCCUCCCGUGCCUGUGGUCUUCCAGUAUCCAAGUAUUUCUCCAUAUUCAAUGAGGAAGCGUAGACCACCUUUUCAUUCACCCAGAAGAGCCCUAUCCCCUCAUUGUUUCUACACCGGUGCAGACAGCGCAUGUAGGAAAACCAGAGAUGCAUGCAAACCAAAGGAUCAAGGACAAUCGUGUGACCCCAGCACACUGCUUCAAGGAGAGGAAGAAGAUGCUCAGAAUAGUAAGACAAAAGAAGCAGAGGAACAUGGCACUGGGAGAAAAGGUCAGAGGUUACAUAGGUUUCCAGUAAGAAUGUGUACAAAAGAUGUGUGCUGUGAUGGAGCUGAAAACCCAGGGAAGGAGACGAGUAAAAUGUUUUGUAAAAGACACAUUCGAGAUUCGUCUGGAUACUGGGACUCGGACUCCAGCAGUUCUACAGAUUACUGCUACUACCACCGGCCCUACUGUGAAUCCUGCCUGCAGCGUGGCUCCCUCACCACCUCAGAUAGCUCCUCUGACUCAGACAGCGAGUACGAGGACUACACAGGCCUGUACUGCUCACCACACCCUGUAGUUUUUAAAGAAGACCUCAAACCUACUUUUGUAUGAUCACAUUUACUGCACUUUAUAAUGACAGUGUUCAGUUGCAACCAUUUCUGCUCCUGUUCCCCAAAUCUGGGAAUAAAUAAGGAAAAUGUAGCUGUGUUUGAAGAGAUGUGAAAUAGUUCCAUGAAAAGUGUUGUCUUUGUACAUUAUUGGAAUUCUGUCUUUAUCUGAUCAUAUCAAGAAAUACAUUGAUAUAUUUUUCAUAAAAAGUAAAGCUUAAGUGACACUAAAUUUGACUGAUAUACAUCCCCAUUUCAGUGUGUAUUUUCACAAAAACUACAAAAUGUACUGUGAAAGCUAUGACACUAGUAUUUAUUUGAAUAUUUAUUUUUAAAUAUAUUUGUUUGCAGAUGUACUGUUAGCAUUCAUGCCAUUAUGUUUUAGAUGUUUACAUCUUAACAGAGGUUUAAACUUGACAUACAUUUCUUUCUUAAGUUUUGAGUUUAUACUUAUUUUUUCCAUUCAAUUUAAUCAACACUCCUUUUCCUCUUACAACAAUGUUUUUGUGUCACACUGUGUGUUACACUCUGUGCAAGCUUUUGGGGUUGAAUUCAAUCUGGAAGACAUUCAUCAUAACUUUUUUCAGAACAAUUUUCUUCUGUUGGACACAAUUGUAAUAAACUCC